UGAAAAUUUGAGAAGGAUUGAAGUCCUCAUUUCCGCACAUCUGUUUGUUAUAUUUCCGGGGAAUCUUUGCCAUGUAGUGGAAUUGUUGCUUUCAAGAUUUGAGAAGGUUUUAAAUCUACAUUUCAGUACAUCUGUCUGUUAUCCUCCCUGAGAAUUUACCAUGUAGUGGAAUCAUCGCUUUGAAGAUUUGAGAAGUAAUUAACCCUGUCUAAUGCCAUGGCUUCUGACGAACUGCAAGAAAAAGCAAAUUUUACAAGACUCAGUAGACUUUUAGUUGACAAAGGAACUGAGGCUUUGAGAAAUACAUUUGAUACCAUCCAUCCACCUGUUAAUCUACCCGGAGUAUUGGCUGCAAACAAGACAUCUCUUCAAAAGUUAAAACCUCGAGUUAUUAAUAAUUCUCAGUGGGAUUUACUGUUUCCUCCGUCUGGCAACCCACCAGAUUCCAAAACCUUUGAUGUCACAUUACUUACAGUUCUAUUCCGGAACAUUUGUGGUUUUCCAUCAACAGGAUGGGGUGUAAUGCCUCCGGAUACUGAUAGAUCAACGCAGGCGAAUAUCGCAAGAAUCAAGUGUUACAGAAAUGAAGUUAUUGCACAUGUACCAACAACUCGAGUUGACAAUUCAAAAUUUGAAUUUUUAUGGAAGAAAAUUGCCCAGGCAAUAGUAGAAUUGGGCGUUUCACAGAGUGAUGUCGACGAUUUAGAAAAAUGUCCUCUAGGGCCUGAAGAAGAAAUGUAUGUGCAAAAGCUUAAAGAUUGGGAACUGCGAGAAGACGAGUGCAAUAAAAAACUUGCAGCAAUUGAAUGUUCUGUAAAUAAUGUAACACAAAUCGCUGAAGAAAACCGUGACGAAAUAAAUAAAAUCCGCCAGUCUCACACCAAUCCUGAAAAAAAAUCCCGCACCGAAAGUGAUGAAGAUUUAUUGCGAAAACUUGCUAAGCAUAAUUUCAAAAAUAAAAUUCAAAGAAAAGUGAAUUUUUUCUUUCCUGGAACAAGAGAGUGGUUGUUAAAGGAAGUUGACGAGUGGUUUUGUAGCAGUGAGAGUGAUUCAAGAAUAAAGUUAAUAACAGCUGGUCCAGGAUUUGGUAAAAGCGUGUUUGCCGCUAAAAUCUGUGGAGAUUUUGAGAAGAAUGGAAAGCUGGCUGCUUGUCACUUUUGUGAUUUCAGUAAUUCAAAUCUAAGAGAUCCUAUGGUGAUGCUGCAGUCUCUCGCAAGUCAGAUGUGUGAGAAUGUCCCUGGUUUUAAAGAGAAGCUUCUUGAUCAGUUAAAGCGACCUCAUCAAGUCCAAAACCUCAAAGAUGCCUUCCAAAUAUAUUUGCAAAAUCCCUUAGAUGAAUUGCAAAUAAAACAGCCACGUUUAGUCGUGAUCGAUGGCUUGGAUGAAAGUGCUGCUGAUGAUAAGAAUGAAAUUACGCAUUUGAUUGCUGAAUAUUUUCCUGAUCUUCCCGAGCACAUCAAAAUCUUGGUGACGAGCAGGCCAGAGAUUUCCGUUGCUGAUCUAAGACUAAGAAACGAGCAAAAGAUAGACAUUUCCAAUGUUGAUGACAACAAUAACUCAGAUCUUGAACUUUAUUUUAAAGAAUGUUUUCCAAGUUUAGUCGGCAGGGAAGUGGAUGGAAGUGAGAUGAGCGAUGAUUUCUAUGAGGAUCAUCCAUAUCUUUGCCGAUUGUGGCGAAUUAAAUUACUUUCCAUUUUUGUUGCCAAAUGCCAGGGCUCAUUUCUCUAUGCAUAUCACUUUCAAUCUGGGCUAAGGGCUCGCUAUGAUCUUGAGAAGAUAACAAAUAAUGACUUUAUGGAGUUUCUCCCAGAAGGACUGCAUUCUGUUUACGAACGAUAUUUUAAACGCCUUGAAGACGAACUUAGCGACAUAAAACAUGAAAAGUUUGAUGUGUUGAAAGUUUUGGAAAUGCUGGCUGCUUCCGAAGGACCUCUUCCCCUCACUUUCGUUGCUCAGGCUUUUGGUUUAGCUCCAGAUUGUCGCGAAACGAAAGACAUUAUCAACAAAAUUAAUGAAACCGUAUCGUGCUUGUUGUACGUUUCAGAUGACAUGUUAACCGUUUUUCACAAAUCCUUUAUUGAUUGGCUUCUAGCAAAGGGCUACAAAGAUCACCAGUAUACUGUCAAGGUCGAUGAUGGACAUAGAUCGCUUUGGCAUUUAUGCGAAAAGAUUUUUAAAGAAAUCAAAGAUAAAGGUGUUCGCUUAGGACUUAAGGUGAAGUUCACUAAUGACGUGGAAUACGCUCUGAAACAUGGUUUAAAACAUCUAGAAAAGUGUGAAAUGGAGGAAGGUGUGUUUUGGUCAGUUGAUGUUGUUAUCGUAUGUUAUAUGUUAACUGUAAACGAUUCAGGCGAUUUGGCAAGUUUUUGGCUCACAUUACUGCAAUGCUCCUGGAUUAAAAACAAAGAUUUACGCGCCCGCAUUUCGUACCAUGCCAUUGAAUUUGACCGUAUGGAACAUGCCGUGAGACGCUUAAUGGUCUAUUACAAACAUUCAAAACAAGUUUAUUCGACAAUAUUUUCACAAUGGUAUUUCCAAGCGGUUCUUACCCGUUCUCCAGAAGGUUGUUUCAGCGAUGAUGAGAAGAAAAUCGCGGAGACGCUACUACCAAACCUUUCACCUUUUGUCGAGUGGAAAUCUUACGAAGUUUCGGUUAUCCCGCGAGCAGUCUGGAAACACUGUGACUUUGAUCAUAUUACAGCUGUUGCUUUAUCCAACGAUGAGAAAAGUGUCGCAGUUGUAGUAAAGAAUCUUAUCUAUGUGCUAUCUCUACCAACUUUAGUUGAAAUUAUGAAUUAUUCAACAAAAUUGGAAAAAAAUCCAUGCUGCACAUUUUCUCCAGACGAUUCGCUCAUAUUAUUUGGUAAACUUGAAACGGCGUUUCACAUUGCUGGAAGAAAGGAAGUUCCAUUUUUCCCUGGAAAUGAAGAGACGUUCGAGACCUGUGCAUUUUCCCCAAACGGCAAAAGACUGGUAACUAGCGAUGCUUCAAACACCAUUAAACUAUGGGACGUUGCUAAGCAAAAAUUGCUGUCGUCGCUUCGUGCUGGAUUUCGUGUUCGUUUGUGUUCUUUUAGCGUCACAGGGUUAUUUAUUAUUGGAAAUUCAGAAUAUCCAUCUUAUCCGGGUUAUUUGUUUUGUGUUUGGAACGCCAUCACAUCGCAAAGAAGUGAUAAGCGAAAAUUAUCUCACGGGGAAAGAGAGAAACCAGAUGUGUUAAAGAGAAGGAAAUGUGAACGAUGUUUUCAGCGGGGAUUUGAGGAACCAAAUUCUAAACAGUUAGAUGUAUGGUCAUAUGACGUAACUCGGAUAGAUUCGAGGAAUUCUGAUGACAUAAUCAGAACACAUGUAAGAAAAUGUAUAAUGUCGUGUCCGUGGAUCUGCAAAGGUGUGGAGUGUAUUUUUUCUCCGGAAGAAUUUUGUUAUUCGAGUUUCACAGAAAGUAUUCCUUUGACUGCGAUUGUUGCUUGGAACUAUCUUGUUGCUGCUCCUGACGCUUCUUUCCGUGCAAUCAAAAUACCAACUUUAGAAGAUAAUCUGUCUCUCUAUUCAGAUAAUGGAAAACUAAUUGUUUUUAAGACAUUAGCUCCUAAACAAGAGCAAUCCUGUCUGUCACAGCCAACGAAAGUUUAUUCGAGUUCGUUUUCUCCUGACGGCUCUCGACUUGCAUCCUGCAACUCAGAUGGAUAUAUCAACGUAUGGAAUGUCUAUACCAGCCAAGUUGAACAACGUUUCAAAAGCAGUCAAUGUGGUUCAAUCUUUUUAUGCUGGUGGUCGGACGAUUUCUUGUUUGUUAUUAGUCAAUUUAUUGACGGGAUUCCCAAAUUAACGCGAUACCCGGUAGAUGACAAUCUAGAGAUCGUGUUUACUGACAGUCAGGACGUGGCGCUAGAGGACUUGUAUGAAGACUUGUCUGAAUUCAGGCUAGAGGACUGGUUUGAUUUACCAGAUUCAAAGGUUGGUUUUUCUGAAGGCUUUGUCAGCUCGGCUCUCGAAAGGAAUGAACCCGUGAAAGUUCUCGAUGUCAGAGAUGUUGAUGGUCCGGUAAUGAUCAAUUUGCCCGGAAUUGGACCUGAGAUGGAAGUGGAAAUCUCGCCUGGUGGUGCCUUUAUCUCUGGUUGUAAUGAGGAUAAAUGUUAUAUUUGGAAAAGAAAUACCGAAAAACCAACUUCGUAUGAAGUCUUUUAUCACCGUGAUGGUUUAAGAUUUUACAGUGACUCAGACAGAAUUGUCAUUAUGUAUCCCGAAGUCGCAGUAAUUUUCAGUAAUGACUCCAAAGUUGCAGUAGUCGUUAACAGAGUGAGAGAGAAAGAGAGUGAGAUAAUUGAUCUGGAAUUUGGUUAUUCUCAAAAUAUAGCGUCAAGAUUCAAUUCCGCUCGUUGGUUAACCAGGUCAUUUUUUAUUUACAAGAAAGGAAUUGUAUUAACUUUACGUGAUCACCUGAUAACAAUUCAUGACAUGUUCUCUGGCGCGAUUCUCGACCAUUGCUUUCAACCAUACUUGAAGGUUCAUGAGUCAGGACAAACAAUUAAACUUUCCCCAAAACAGACCAUGCUGGCUUUUCCUGACUACAAAGGCGAUAUGGUGUUUCUUCGACUGUCUAUUCCACAAAAUCCAUUGUUGAACGAUUUUAAGCAACUAGCAGUUGCUUGGUUGGACGAUAUUAGACAACGAGAACUUCCUUUGUUUGACGAUAUUAAUAAACUACUGUAACUUCCUUUAAUGGACGAUAUUUAGCAAGAUGCAGUACUCAAUCCUUUCUUUAACCGGAAGAAAGUCGUCUCGCGGAAAAAGUUUUUGGAAAAUUUACACAAAGCUGUAUAUUUUCUUAAAUGUUUGUUUCCCUGCAGGUUGUUUAUACCCAUUAAAUGAGAAUGUCUUUAUUAUAAAACUAACUGAAAUGAACCCGUUCACAAGAGGACAAAAACCAAUAGGAGAAGACCUAGUUGAUAGAGACUUUGCUACGAACGACAGAUGUUUUGGAGCUGAUUUUCAGUUGGGAUAUUUUAUAACGGAUUUAGCGAACAAUAACAUGAACAACUAUCAUCAAGAACAUUGUUUUCGGGCAGCGGCUAGACUUUGCUUGGAGCUGGUCUAGAAUGGAGAAGUAAGACACCUCCUUCCCUCCGUUUGUCUGGGAGUUCACCUUGGGCAAGUGAUAGCACUCCCUUGCCUCCCUAACUGGGGUUACAGUUUGUUAAACAAAACAAAGAUGAUAUCUUGAAUACAUCUGCAAGAAAAAAGUUUUAAAAAACUGUGACCAAUGCCAGUCGUAUGAUGGUGUUGUUCAAAAUGUCAAUUAUGGUAGUUACCGUCGUGUUGGUGGUGAUAAUUCUCAUCUAUGAUGGUGGUGAUGGUGCUGGUCUUUACGAUGGUGCUGAUAUACUUGUGCUGGUGAUGAAAAUAAUGGUAAAAAUUGCAGUAACUAUAUUUUCUGUAUUUUGUUCCUGAAGUUUGAUGCUGAUGAAAAAGAAAGACAACGGAACUCAGUGACGUCAAGCACUAGAACGAAAAUUUGGGGGGGGGAGGUGGUGUUGAAUAUUCAUAUAUUCAGUUCUGCCUGACAGAUUUCCUUUGUAAGUGCAGUAGCUUAGACAGCGUUUCCACAAUUGAAGGAAAUUUCCUUCAAAAUGUCAACCAUGAGGGAGGGAGGGUUAGUCUUAAUAGGAUAUAUUAUGCAUUCUUUUCAAACGUAUUUUGUUUCUCUCUUUUUCAUUACCAUCUCCCCAUGAGGACAGCCUUAUGCAAAUAAGUUGUGGAAACGCUGAGCUUAGAUCCGUCGAGUAGAACUGAAUAUAUGAAUAAACACCACCUCAAUUAUCGUUCUAAAUUACGCCCUUAAUGGAACUGCAAGAACUAUGUACAUUACAAGGACCGUAUAGUUUUUAGCUGGAGAGGAAGAUAUUUACAGUCUGAAGCGGAGCUGGGAAAUGGUAAAGAUUUGUCUGAAAUGUGAGCAAUAUUAUGUUCAGGACAUCUGCAUGAUAAUCACGAAAAAGAUCACGAAACAACACAACAAUUUAUAUCUUAGGCGUGUUUCAAACGUGGUGUUUUUAUCUUUAAUGCGUUCGACAUUGCGAAUUUAGAAACCCUACAGAUGGUCGGUAUCAUAAUUUAAUAUACUCAAGCUUAGAUUUUUAUUUAACACUAUAAGUAGCUUAUUUGUAAGCAAACUAACAUCAAGUGGUAAAAUAGGAUUUUAUGACUUCGAACGUGCCUGGCCCACACAAGUACACAUGACAAGAAUAUUGCUGAAUAUUUAAAUAUUAGCUGAAU